AUGCCGCUUCCUCAGCCAAAGACGGCGUUGAACAACGCGUGUUCGGUCAUAUUUGACCACACGCUUUACACCUACUCGGCCGAUGCAUUCCAAUCCUUGCGACUGGAGAAAGGGGCAAAGUGGAAGACAUUGUCUCAGGGUGAAAAGGUAACGGGUGGUGUAUGUGUUGGCUCUACGACGGGAACGGCUGCGACAUCAGCCUUAUUUGUGGUUGGAGGUGUCAGCCAGACCGACGGAUACCAGGGCUUGCAGAAAUACACGUACUCGACAGGGCAAUGGGAAACCAUCCAGUUGACCGACAAGGUCAUACAUCAACGGGUCGGGCACGGCGCUAUCUACCUCAACAGCACCGACUCUAUCCUUAUCUAUGCCGGCAACCAGGAUGGCACCGACGGUCCAUCGACGACAACCUUCACCAUCGGGGCGUCGGCCCCAUACACGGUCCAAUCAUACGACAUCAGCGGGCCACCCUCGAUCAAGCCUAUUAUUCUUCCCUGGUCCGCCGGUGAGGCGGCGCUGGUCGGCGGAAGCACGUGGAACAAACAGGUUACUCUAUUCAACGUGGCGGAGCGGCAAUGGGUAGACUCGGGCGCCUCGCUAGCAGAGCCGUUCACAAAGGAUACAUCAGCCAUGCAGGCGGUGUUGAUGACAGGUGAUGAUGGAUCGAAGAAUUUGAUCACCUUUGACAUGUCGGUAGCGCCGAAUGAGGUCAAACGGACCGUCCUCUUCACAGGCCCUGGUGUCCCGGUCACCAGCGCCUCCCCAGUUCGCAGGCGGAUAUCGAGAAGACAGGAGGCGGUCCGAGAUAUCGAGGUGACAAGGAGGGCUGUCGUGCCCCUGACGGUAAACGACUGGCCAGCCUAUAACUCAAGCUUGGCCCCCAAAGUCACCCGGACCAACUUUGCUCUGGCCCAGGGGGCAGAUGGAACAGUGGUCAUGGCAGGUGGUGCUGAUGACGAUAACGUCUUAUGCAUGUUCAACGCCAGGGACAACGGCUGGGUAAACGCUGAGUCCAAACUUUUCAAAGCCAAAGCCGUUUCGACCGAAUCAUCCACCAAAUCCUCAACCCGCACGAAAUCCAAGACUCGCUCGUCAACAUCAACAUCAUCAUCCGCCUCUACUACGUCACACUCCUCCACUAGCACCUCAGCCUCCGUCACCACGACAAGCUCAGAAACGGGCACUCCAACGUCGACAGCGGGAGCUCUCCCAGCAUCAUCGGAGGAUUCCGGCCCGGGGCUGAACACCAUUCUCGGCGCUGCUCUUGGAGGUUUCUUUGGUCUCGCAAUCUUGUUGUUUUUAAUUUAUGUGUGCAUCAAGAGGCGAAGGAGGAAGCACGGCCACGAGGAGGCUGGACCCGGAGCCCGGUCUACCGCCACUACUUUGAACGAGAAGGAGAUACUUGGGCUUAGUGACGAUACCCUAAUGUUCAGCCACCGUCCGCCGGCUGGUGCCUUCCGUGGCCACCAGCCCACAGACUCCCAAAGCUCGUUCUCGUCCAUGGCCAUCCUCAUGGGCCGGGCCGGCCAGAGAAAGUCCACCUCGGCAGGGCCCGGCCGCAAGUCGAGCAACGAGAGCCGACGGGACUCCUCAGAUAGCACCUUUGCCGCCUUUAAGAGCAGCAUUGGGAAGCCGGUCCUGCAACCCACUCCGGCAGUGGCCCCCGCCAGAACACUCCCGUCUCGGCAACAAAACCAGGAUGAGAAGAGCAUGUCCGUCAUAAAGGAGACCGCUAUUACACCAAAGCCCCGGAACCUGCCGAGAGCUACUGAUGCUCAGGGGACUACGCGGCGCAGCUCGGGGUGGAACCGAUAUUGGUCUGGGGGCUCUGCCUUGAACCUGUUAGGUUUUGGCAGUGGUAACGGAGGCAGUGCCAAUAACAACAACAACAACAACAACAACAACAACAACAACAACAACAACAACCACAACGCAAAUACCCAUCACAAUGGCCCUCCUGCGAACGCCAACAACAGCAACAACAACAAUAACAACAACCCUUAUGCCCGACACAUCACUCUCGGUUACAACUCCGAACGGAGCUCCGAUUACAGCAACACCCACCGCAUGACUCAAGACAGCGCGACCGUACCAGCCCUUCUACCCCCAACCACCCGCUCCACUCCCUCUCGCCCGAGCCUCACCGCCUCCACCAGCAUUAACGAACCUCGCCUGUCCUUCAACCGUGUCAACGCACAGAGCCCUACUAUCUCUGUCUACCAACACAACGGCCUGCUCAAGGAAGGCCUGAGCGGGCAGAUCGAAACGCCGCAGCGGCCCGCCAGUAUGGUCAGCGACAUGUCGGCUUCAGCCUACUCGAGCGGGAUCCCGGAAUCGGUUCAGGACGCGUGGGAUCCGACGGCUGCUGCUGCCGCGGGCGCUGGUGCGGGCGCUGGUGCCGGGAGGAACCGGCCGUGGGGCAGUGGCCCUGACCGGUCGAAUGAUUCGUUAGGGGGCACGUACUUGACGACACCACUUUCGCCAGCGUCGCAAUCGCAGGGAGUAAAGGGGUCUUCUUCUACUUCGUCUGGAUUGGCGACGCGGCUGCAGACGCAACCGCCGAGACGGCAGGAUAGAUCGCCGGUGCGCGAUGAUAUGAGCUGGUUGAACUUGGGGGGUAGUUCACGUACAUGA